GUUAUCUCAUCAGUUAUCUCUUAUGGAAUAUGAAUAACUGCGUGUAUUUCAAUUAUACGUGAGCUUUUAAAAGUUUAGGGGAAAUGUAUGAUGAUAGCAACAAUACAAAUAAAGAUGUAUUUCAAGAACCUCGAAAAAAAUUUUGGCUGCGAACAAGAAAACGUCCAAAAAGUGAUGCUAUUAGUAUCAACUCAAUGGACAUAUCUAUCGAAUCAGAUGUAGGCAAGAAGAAAAAAAGAAGAAGAAUUACAGAAGUGGCCAGUAGCAUCUUUUCAUCUUCUACUCUAGGUAGUAAACAACAAGGAAAUAAUUUUCAUAGAUCUUUCACAAUUCAACCAAAUACACCAGACUUGCCAUUUGUGAAUAAUGAAGCAGAUACAGGAACAUUAAAGAAAAAGCACAAAAAUAAUAUUGAAAACUCCAAUAAUAUUACACUCAAAAGUUGGGUACUUGAUAUAGCAAAUACAAAUAUCAAGGAUAAACCUAAUUAUGUUUUAAGCAGAAAAGAAGUGAAAAGACAAGAAGCAAUUUAUGAAUUGUAUUGUGGAGAAAAUGUAUUCAUUAAUGACUUAUGUGUUCUCAAAGAUUUUUACUAUCAACCACUGAUAUCUAGCAGUAUUUUUAAUUCUGAUGAAUUAGUUACAGUUUUUGGAGAUAUAACACAACUCAUUGAAAUACAUAAUAGAUUGAGAAAUGAAUUAAUUGGUCUAAGAGAUAAAUAUGGAUUUACAGAAACAGUUGGAUCUACAAUAUUAAAUUGGAUUCCAACAUUAACAAACCCAUACCUGGAAAGGUGCCGAACACAAAUAUGGGCAAAACACUUGUUAGAUGAAAAAAGGUUGACAAACAAACGUUUUCAAUCUUUUUUAAAAAAACGUUUAGAAUCUCCUCAUUCAAUAGAUUUGUGGACUUAUAUAGAUGUAGCAAGAUCAAGAAUUGUUAAAUACCCUUUAUUGAUUAAGGAAAUAUUAAAGCAUACUGUAGCAACACAUACAGAUCAAACAUCCUUAAAGGAAGCAUAUGAUUUGAUAUCCAAUUUACUUAAAAAUAUAGAUAAAACCAUGGGUGAUGCAGAAUGCAAAUUGGCUCAGUCAAAAAUUAAUGUAAAACUAGAUUAUGAUCCUAGUAAAUGCAUUGAAAAUGCAACAGAGUUAAUCACUCAAGGGCAGCUUAAAGAUACAAGGGGAAUGAAAUUUCAGUGUUUUCUUUUUAACACUGGCUUUGCAAUAACUCGUGGAACAAGAUCUUCAAGUAAAAGGUACAAUUUAUUUUGUCCUUUUAUACUCAAGGAACAAAUCUGCAUAAGUACAAAUGAAAAGUUUGAUUAUGGAUUUAAAAUUGGAGAUCAAAUUUUAAUAACAGAAGAUGAACAUGGAAAAAGACAUUGGAUUGAUUCAUUUAGUAAAGUUUACAAAUGCAAUAUUAGUCCAUCACAAAAUGUAAUUGACAUCAGUGAAAAAGAAAAUGAGGAAAUUUUAACACCAUCAAAAACAAAUCGAUCUACUAGAUUGUCUAUGAAUAAAACAAAUGAAAAUAAUUUUUCAUUAACAUUAAAAAGGAGUUUUUUAAAACAGAAGCGUAGCAGCAGCAUUGGUUUUGUUUAACAUUAGACAACUUUGAAUUUAUUAUUUUAUGUUCAUACAUUAUCAUAUAUAAAUAGAAAUAUAAUUUAGAUCCAUUAAAAAAACGUUUGAAU